ACAACAUUUAACCAAAAUCGCGCUCACCGACCUACCACCUCUCUUCCAAACACCGAAACAACAUCCAGACAAAAUGUCCACCAACAUGUACACCGAGGGCAUCAUCUCCAUGAUCAAGAGAUCUGAGGACAAAUAUCCUCAUGAUUAUCCCACCGCAACUCGUAUGGGCUACGCGGCCGGCCUGGUCGGCUUAGUUGCCCUCACCGUGUCGGACGACUACAUGGCCGAAGAGUUUUACGACACCAUUCGGGGCUAUGCGGCUACUCUCCGACAGGAGCGCGCCUUGGCUGAGACCGACGAGUCGACCGCGAAGCUCCUCAGCAGGGAGUUUAUUUGCUACGACAUCCUUGACCUUGUUUCCGACCUCGAGCACAAUCACAAUGCGACCAAGGCCAAUAGGGAUGUCGUCUCGAACAACGCCGUUACCGUCAACGAGGGCAUUGAAAGCGUCAUCAACAUGAACGCUGUCGUCCAAGCCGAGGAGGACACCGAGUUCGUCCUGAUCAACGAGGUCGAGAGCGAUGCGAGCCACUCUGAGGCGGAUUCCUCCGAGUGGGAACUGGUUUGA